AUGCUUGGUGAUAUUCCUUCUAUACUUGUGGUGUGGUUUGUUUUCCAUUCAAACAUUUUGAUUCUUGUUGAGGUUGAUCAUCUACAAGAUGCUCCAAGUCCUUACAUACAAAUCAAAGGGGUUAAUAAAGAAACUGUCACAAUUGCUGGUUCAACACUUCAACUGGAUGGUUCAUAUACCACAAAGAGUUACCUUCAAAUAAUACUGGAGAGAUUACCUGUACUGGAAAGGAGUUCAAAUGGAAUUCACACUCAGCAAGCUGCAAGGUUGCAGGAACUCGUAGAAUUUAUUCAAUCUCAGGAUCCGUCCAUGACUGCAAUCAAUAAAAUGAGAGGCCAAGUGGCAAGCACCAGAGCUGCUUUUAUGCACUGGUGGGAAUUUUGGUUUGUGUUGGGUAAACUUGGGUUGUUAGAUGCCCUCACUACAAUCCCGGUUAGCAGCUCAGCUUCUGAGUCACCAAGUAGGGAAGUUUCUCCAUUAGAAGGUGUAAUUGAAGACAUGCAGUCGCGGAUUAGAAGACUUGAACGGUGGCAAACAAUCAAUGCAGUGCUAUGGACAUUUCUGAUGUCUGCUUUUGUUGGCUAUUCAGUCUAUCAAAGGAAGCACCAAUGA